AUGCCUGACGACGAGCGCGUGGGCGCGAAACGACGUCGCGCGGGACGCCGACCAAGCUCCGUAUGGUCCUUUUUCACCGAGGUGCGCACAGCUGACAACAAAGUGUACGCGUGCUGUCACUUCUGCCCUAAACGCCUCGCUGCCGUGGCUUCACGAAUGCGACAGCACGUGCUGAGCAAAUGUGUACGAGCGCCCCCAGACAUCCAACAACUGCUCGACCAAGCUCCCGCUCGUACAAAUAAUACCGCGAUUACUACUGCUACUUAUAGUACCCCUAUUUGUACUGAUAGUAUUACUACGGAUAAUACCACCAGUGGUAGUACAAGUAGUAGUAGUAGUACUACUACUACUCAUGAUGAUACCGUGGAAAUAUCAGCCACUACUUGUGCAUCAACUGCUACUGUUCCAGUUGCUGACGUGCCGGGACUUUGUGGGUCAAAUGUCCAUUUAGUUGCAGCGGAUCGAGUCAUGAGGCAGCCGAACGACGUGGAAACUGAGGCUCUUCCUCCAAUCGAGACUGCAGAUACAGAGGAGAGCAGAAGUCCGACCAGGGAGCAGACGACGACGUUGAAGACGGGGGAAGUGGUCGAAGUCGUGCCAGUGGCAAACGUCUUGGAAGCAAAUGGCGAUGAACGAGUCCAUUGUGACCAGCACCAGCUGCUGGAAAAGAGCUCGGAUGUGGACGCUCGACGCGUGCAUCAGAAGCUCGUGCUGGCCUUGGUCGUGAAUGACGUGCCGGCUACGAUUCUGGAAGACGAGGCGUUGAUGGAAGCUUUUGCGCUAGCACAUCCCGGAUUACCAUGGCUCUCGGUGGAUCAGGCGCAGACGACGGUGUUGCAGGAACUGGUGGACGAAGUGACCGAGACGAUCGAGCAGGAGCUGGCCACUUGUGCGGUACUCACAUUGGUGCAUCGACACUUUAAAAAGCACGGUGGAGGAACAGCUACUGGGGUGGCGUCGCAGUGGUGCAAUCGAUGGAUGGGCGUGGAUGAACACCGCAAGGUCUUCCCGUUGAAGGAAACAUACCAGGAUGUAGAACCUUCAGUAUUGAUCGCGGCCAAUGAAGCGUGGUGCAAGUACUGCCCUCCGCGAGAAGAGUUCACCGCCGUCGUUUCAACCUACCGCCUCAGCCUUGCACCCGACACUGUCUUCUGUCUCUGUUGUGAUUGUCCUCGAACGUAUCAGCAACUACGAUUGGAGCAGAUGCGGGCGCUAUCAAUAUCCACACAAGACGCAGACAGCGGGAGUGACCUCGCUUCAAGGUCGACACCGCAACAACUGCUGGUGAGCACAUGUGCUGUUCGUCUGUCUCUUCGAUUGCGCAAGGAACUGCUGAACGCAUUCCCUGCACUAAUUGAUCUGCUCAACAAAGCUCUCUUUCUUAGCCACAGUGUAUCGAAGAUUACACCGUUACAGCCGCAGCUGCAAACCUUACUGGAAUCGUCGAGUUGGGACGCAGUGCCCCGGCUCGUCAAGCGCAUGGUGUACCUGGAGAAUGAUAUACGGCGAUAUCAAGCCAAGGUCUCUGUACCGACGGAUGAAGUCGCGUCCUUUUGGGACAAAUUACGCAUUGUGGACACGUUGCUCACACCGUUGAGCUGGAUGCUGGCAUUAAGUGAGACCAACGACACGACGUCGGCACAGUAUGUCGUGCUCUGGCUGUGGUUGCUGGCAAUAGUGAAAUCUACCACGUCGUCCAUGCUACCCGAACAAGGCAAAGAAAGCUUUGUGUCUGUGGCGAUGUCGAUAAUCGAAUGCCACGUCGAUUCGCACGAGCUGGUGUGCGUACUUCUGGAUCCUCGCGUCGCCGGCGCCGGUUUUUCAAUCUCCGGCAAGCGGCGUGUGAAAUCGUUGGUUGUCCAACUCGCUGAACGCAUGUUCCCAAGCGCAGGAUAUAGCAGUGGUGCUAUACGCCUUCAGCUAUUGAAUGAAUUAGGUGAUUACGCCGAGAAAACUGGAGUGUUUGCCGAUGUCGUCGCUUGGGAAAUGAGUGUCGGUCGGCCUCCGACACUAUUCUGGAACGACUUCGUAGAGGACGCGCCGCAUUUGAGUCGCGUGGCUCGCGCUGUGGUCUCGAUCUCACCGUGUGCGCAGACCGCGACCGAGUCGUUGAACUCUCCACUUCCAAUGGAAAAGGCCUCGUGGAAUCAAACGUUUGCAGUGCGGCAAUUGACAUCCCAAGUUCGCACUCAUCGACCACCGGAAAGCACAAGUGGCUUCAAACAGUACUACUCGCUGCUCCUCCCCCCAUCUCCAUUACCGCAGGGCAGUAUGUCCGACGGUACGCUAUCACUCGAAGUGAACAAAGCUCUUCGAGUAAACAACACGCUGCGAUGGUCUGCAAGUGACGAGACCAAAGUCGAGGCAAUUGUCACGCACCACCUGAGUCAGAUGCUACAAGAAGGAGGCGGCGACAGCGAUGCCGAUGACAGCAACCAAGUGCCAACCUCGCUACCAGCUGCUGCGACACAACACGACACGCUGCACGUCCGUGUCUCGUGGUUUGCGUUCCAGUCCGCCAAUGACCUCAAACUCUUGCAAGAAACGGUCAGAAAGUUUGUACCGCGUCUUGCUACCGCCACCAUCAACUAA